AUGAGAAGCAUGACGUCACUCGAAGGAAGACGCUACACAAAGCGCCGAAUCGUUCGAGAACAUGUCAUCAACAGAAUUGAGCACGAAAUAGCCGGUAGCGAAUUCGAAGUGGACAUACAUGAACAAAUUGAUCGCUUUGUUGAGCAAGCAACACUUCAUGGGAAUCUUUGCCAAUGUUAUAUAGGAUGGUGCCAUUCUGCUGGUGCAACAACUGCUCAUUUUGUCGUUGCUUUUUUUGUGGCCGACAAUUCUAGACACUACAUGACAAUUGGCAGUGAUGCAAAGGCGAAGCCAAUUCACGAAGAGGAGUUUGCCGCCUAUGCUAACAAAUGUGGCAAAAUCUGA